GCAUGGAGAGAAGACCAGUGUCCUUACCUCUGUCCAUCUCCAUAUCAGAAAUGGACCCCAAUGGCAACUUCAGCAAUCACAAUAGCAGCAGGAACUGUACAAUUGAAACCUUCAAGAGAGAAUUUUACCCCAUCGUGUACCUGGUAAUAUUCAUCUGGGGAGUCUUGGGAAAUGGCUUUUCCAUAUAUGUUUUCCUGCAACCUUAUAAGAAGUCCACAUCUGUGAACGUUUUCAUGCUAAAUCUGGCCAUUUCCGAUCUCUUGUUCACAACCACGCUGCCCUUCAGGGUUGACUAUUAUCUCAGAGGCUCCAAUUGGAUAUUUGGGGACCUAACCUGCAGAAUUAUGUCUUUUUCUAUGUACGUCAACAUGUACAGCAGCAUUUAUUUCCUGACUGUGUUGAGCGUUGUGCGUUUCCUGGCAACUGUUCACCCCUUCCGGCUCCUUCAUGCCACCGGCGUCAAAAAUGCCUGGAUUUUAUGUGGGGUCAUAUGGAUCUUUAUCAUGGCUUCCUCAACAGUGCUUCUGAAAACUGGCUCUGAGCUGAAGGGCAAUGUCACGUCGUGCUUGGAGCUGAAUUCUAAUAAAGUUACUAAACUGAAGACCAUGAACUACGUUGCCUUGGUGCUGGGCUUUCUGCUGCCAUUCUGCACGCUCAGCAUCUGUUACCUGCUGAUCAUUCGAGCUUUGUUAAAGGCGGAGGUCCCAGAAUCAGGGCUGCGUCUUUCUCACAGGAAAGCGCUAACCACCAUCAUCAUUACCUUGAUCAUCUUCCUCCUGUGUUUCCUGCCCUAUCACAUACUGAGAACCCUCCACUUAGUCGAGUGGAAGGUGGAUAAAUGCAAAGAGAGUCUGCAUAAAGCUGUGGCCAUCACACUGGCUUUGGCAGCGGCCAACAGCUGCUUCAACCCUUUGCUCUAUUACUUUGCUGGUGAGAAUUUUAAGGACAGACUAAAGUCUGCACUCAGGAAGUAUCAUUCACAACAAACAAAGUGCAGCUUUCCUGUGUGUGCGUGUCUGUGGUUAAAAAAGGAAACAAGAGUAAACCUACUGGAGAAUUUGCUUCUCUACAAUGAGAGAUUAACCCGGAUCAAGGAAAACAUGACAUCUAGCAAACAAGGAAUAAGAUGAAGAAAAUUCCCAGCACGUUUGUGCAUAGCAGAAAAACAAGAAACUAAUUGAUCUGCACACGUUGGAGGGAUUUAUAUUUUUCUUGGAUAGCGUGGGAUGAACUAGGAAAAAUACAUAGGAAAAUAAACAGGUGAAAAGACAGUGCAAUUAUUCAAUGCGAGGGAAAAAGAAAUUCUUGUUUAAGAGAGGAAAUAUAACCACAGUACACUACAUGGCUCAGCUGUGAACAGUAUUUACAUAGAGAAUGUAAAUAGCAAAAUACGGUGAUGUAACUUUUUUCAGGAAAUGAGGGGGAGAGGAUGUGUAUGAGGGGGGAGGGGUAUAAUAAAUCUAUGUUCCUAUGUUUUAUCACAGAAAAUUUGUAAUAACUAAAGCUAAAGAAUGACAAAUAUCUGUAUAAAACUGUUACUUAACAAUAGAGGCUAAAGCCCAGAAGAAGCAGUGAAAAAGAUUGACAAGGGAUCGCCUUUGGAGAGAAGUUGGGUGUGGGAGGAUAAGGUAGGGAUUUCUUUUUUCCUCUUAAUAAGUAUUCAACUGUUUAACUUGUGAAUAUGUAUUGCUGAAAUAAAAUAAAAAUUAAGUUGAAAAUU